AUGUCGGUUCGCCGCGAGGUCGUCUCGCUUUCGCAGUUGCUCCGCCGCAAUGAAAAAGCGCAUUCGAGCCGAGGAAACAGUCAUAUGACCUCUCUACCAUUAGUAUCUUCAAGACGAAAAGCAGAAGCUAUGUUGUCUGCAGAGAAGAAGAUAGCGCCAGUAGCUUAUUCGCAGCGCGUGCUGGAUGCCAGCCGCGUAGUGACGCCACAGCCAGAGCUUGGAGUGAGCAUUUAUGGAAGCAAUGACUUGACUGCGCUUUCUCACGAAGUGUACGAGGCGGAGAGUGAGAAAUCGUGUGCCAUGACUUCCAUGUCGCAGUCUUCCAUCUCUCAAAGUCAGUCGCAAAACUUGCUUGGGCCAAGCCAGGAUAAUCAGAUACAUCGUCUUCAGCAGUUGCAGACACUUCAGGCACUCUCGACUCAUCAGUCUCCUCCUCGCUGUGACAGCUCAGGAAAAUUGCAGGAGAUAUCGUCGAAUCUUACUCAGGCAUUUGUUGCGCAAAAUCACGGACAAAAUAAUCAGCAGAAAGAGAUCCUGACACAAUUUGUCAAUCAAAUAAAGAAUAUGAUAAUGGAUUUCAAAGCAACAGGCCAAGAGCAGCAACUUAUUGAAUUAAAAAAAAUUGAAACAAGUAUAAGCAAUAUGGCCGAGUCAGUGACGGAGCUUCGUCAACAGGGCUUUGGAGCUUGCGAAAAAAAACAAAUGGCGACAACUGACGAUAUAUCUGUGAUCAAAGCUGCAAUGCUUGCGUUGCAAGCAAAAGUUGAAAUUGUUGAAGGUGGUGUGAGCUCGUGCUCGGGUCUUCUAAAGCAAAUAAUUGGAGCAGAAUCACGAAAAUAUGAAGAAUUUCUGCUGGCUUUUCUUGGAAGAAAAUACGAAGCUCGUCCCGCCAAUUAA